AUGAAUAACCUAGAAGCAGACAGCCAGAACAAAGUCCUAGUACAUAAUAAUAAUAGUAACAUUAACAAUAAUGCUAUUAACACUAUUAAUAAUGAGAACAAUGCUAAUGAACACAAUGAGGGUGUUACUAAUAAACAGGACAAUGUUCAGUUGUCAGAUGAUAAACCCUACCUUACAGAUGAACAAUGCAUUGCAAUGUUCAUACCCAUAUCUGAAAUGCAAACACUAUUUACAAAAAUCUAUAAAAAUAAUAUCUUACAAACAGAAGAAAGACAAAAGCUUAUGCAAGUAUUUCCUUAUAACAAGUUCAUUAAGUUUGUACUACUACCUAUGGACAAAGAAAUGUCUAAACAUAUGCAAAAAGAUUAUAAGAACUUUGACAAAGUACUUUAUAAAAUUUCAUAUCGAACAUCAGCUGUACUUAGAUCACUUGAUAAUACAAUUAAAAUGGUUUAUAAAACAAGGCUACCAUUAGACAAGAAAGAGGCUAGUGAAGUAUGA